AUGAAAAAGAUCAUCGUCGGUGGACAUGGGAAUCGACUUAGCCACACGAUGGAAAAGAACAUUUGCUAUCGGCAACGAAGGAGAAAAGAAGUCAUCUACGACGAUUGCGUACUCGAGGAUUCCUUGUCCCAAGGUGACUGGCACAUUGAGGAGGACCCAAACGUGGACUACGAGAUGCUGCUCAGAGGAUUACGAGCCUGCGCUGAACGUGCCUCGAAGCCGCGCAAGACAAACGUGGAUCGAAUUUUGAAGACCACCAAGGAAUUGUUGGAAAGAAGAAGGCUUGAUCCGAAUGCAUCGCACAAUGAGCGGUUAGUAGCAAACACUAGCUGCAGAAAAGCGUUGCAGGAGGAUCUUUUGAAGUACAGGCAGAAGAAGAUUCUAGAAGCAGCAGCAAAGAAGAACGAGUCUAAAGAAGUGCCGCAGGGAUCUCUGCGAAUAUAA